GUCCCUCGGGAUGCGCGGGCGGCCGGGGCGACGACGGGCGCGUCCAGCUGAGGACCGGGAGCAGCAGCCGCAGCGCCCCGGACUGGCUGCGCCGUCGGGAAGCGGCGGGGGCGCCGCGAUGCUGCCCUGGAAGAGGCACAAAUUCGAGCUGCUGGCCGCGGACGAGGAGUGUCAGCCCCAGCCGCCGCAGCACCCGCAGCCCCAGCAGCACCCGCAGCACCCGCAGCACCCGCAGCCGCAGCAGCAGGGCCGGCGGCGGGAGCGGCAGCAGCCAGCGGGCCCGCGCGGCGCUUCUCCGCCGUCGGGGAAGGCCAAGGACUACUGCCAGGCGGGCGCCGGGAGCCUGCCCUGCCCCGCCGCCCUGGGCUCGCUGGCCCGCGCCUGCCCGGCCGAGAGCGCCCUCUCCAGGAUGGGCAGCCUGUUCCGCUCCAAGCGCAAGAAGUUCCGCGUGAGCAGCGAGGCGCCCACCUACACGGCGCUCUACCUGGGCAACGCCACCACGCUGCAGGCCAAGGGCGACGGCUGCACCGACGUGGCGGUGGCCAAGAUCUGGGCCAAGAGCGAGGCCGGCCGCCACGGCACCAAGAUGAAGCUGACCAUCGGGCCGCAGGGCAUCCGCCUGGCGCCCGCGGUGCCGGCGGAGGCCGCCUCCCGUCCGGGCCACCUCUACCUGCUGCACCGCGUCACCUACUGCGUGGCGGACCCGCGCCUGCCGCGUCUCUUCGCCUGGAUCUACCGCCACGAGGUGAAGCACAAGGCGGUGCUGCUCCGCUGCCACGCCGUGCUGGUCUCCAAGGCGGAGAAGGCCCGCGCCAUGGCGCUGCUGCUGUACCAGACCUCGGCGGCGGCGCUGGCCGAGUUCCGCCGCCUCAAGAAGCGCGCCGACGCGCGGCACCAGCAGCUGCAGCAGGUGGGCCCCGGGGCCGACGGCGCCAUCCCGCUGGUGCCGCUCCGCAAGCUGCUCCUGCACGGGCCGGGUGGCUGCUACAAGCCGCCCGUCGAGCGAAGCCGCAGCGCGCCCAAACUGGGCUCCAUCACCGAGGACUCGCUGGGCGAGGAACUGGAGGAGCGCGCCGCCGGGCCGGGCUGUGCCAACGGCGGCCAGCGGGAGGACUGUGACGGCGGCCAGGGGGAGGACGACGAGCUGCUGGCCCCACUGGAGGGGGAGGAGGAGGAGGACGGGGAGGGCGCGGCGCCCGCGGGGUCCAGCCUGGGGCAGCUCAUCUGCGGACUGGGCGAGCUGGCCAUCGGCAACGACGUGGCGCUUCUCCGCGCCGACCUGCGCGUCACCCGCCUCCUCUCCGGGGAGAGCACCGGCAGCGAGUCUUCCAUCGAGAGCAAUGGACACGAGGGCGGCGGGGGCUCCUCACCCCCGCCGCCCUUGCGGUCCUGCCACAGCCCAGAGGCCGACUGCGGCUGAUCAGUCCCGCUUCCUCCCGCGGAUCUGAGGGGCCCCAGGCAGCGCCAGGAAAGAGGGCGGCCCGGCGGAGAACGGCCCGGGAUGGGCGCCGGAGGUCGGCCUGCCUGCCUGCCGCCCCUUCCCCCAGCUGCGGCCAAAUGUCGGUCGGUCGGUCCUCGGGGUGGGGGAGGGGCGCGUUUGUUUACAGCCGUGGAAUUUGGCGUCUGAAAGGGCGGGGCUCCUUCGUGGCUCCCACUCUGCGGGGAGCGGGGCGUCUUUACCCGGAAGGCUGGGGAAAGGGGGCUCUUCCCCAGGAGCUCCCCUCCCCUCCCCCCCCCCGGAUCUUUUGCUGUGCAAAAAGAAACUGGACCGUGUGGAUCUUCAUUGGAACCUGAGGAGUCGCUGCCCCCUUUGGUGGGGGGUGGGGGGGAACCUGGAUUUUGGCUGUCUUGGUUUGUCUUGCACACAAUAAAAGU